CUACAGGAUUACCACGCUCCUGUCCUUGUGAUCCCCUUCAUAUACAGGGAAAUUCACUUGGCUACUAAGCUGGCAUGAGCAAAGAAGAAAGCGAGAAAAGCCAGAAUAAGAAACGAGAAGGAGCAUCUUCCGAGGGAACAACACACUCCAAAAAACAAGCCAUGGAGGACGACUUGGAAGUGAUGCGCGCCUCUGCAGCAGCAGCUGCAGCGACGAGAGCUUCUAUUUCACAGGAUCUGGAACCGGCGAGGACCUUGGCCACUGAACUGACUGCCAACGAUACCUCAGAUUCUGACACGGAAGAAGGAGGGGGGGGGAAAAAAUAUUUGCGGCCUCCUGCCGCCCCGCAGCAUGUGCGCAUCGGACAGGAGUAUCAAGCGGCUCUUCCUGCCAUGGAGGGGGAUACAAAUGAAGCCUCAGACGAAGGAGAGGACUCUAACGCACAACGGCUCGAAGUGGCUCAGCUGCGGGAUGGGGCGGAAGGAUCGACGUCUUCGCCCUCGUCCUCUGUUUCCUCCGCGACUAAUGCCUCCUCUCGGGCGGCGUCCAUGAUUGCCGGGCGGAUGAAUUUUGACGAGGAUGGUUUGGACUCAGGCACGCGGGCAUGUCAGUGAAACACAUAGUGACAGAUGGGUAAGAAGAGUGUAUGUUUGUCGGUGUGAAUACAUAGAUUGUGCAUGUGUGCCGAAAACAUGACUUGCUGCGCGUGAAGGAAGGCGCGCUUGCAGGAGGAGGAGUAAGUGCUGUGAGAGAGUAGCCCUUUUGCGGGAAAGAAGGUGUAAGGAAAGAGACAAGUAAAGAAUACGAUAUUUUUUCAUA